AUGGAAUGUAUCAACAGUUUAAACAAUUUAAACGUAAACACGGAUUCUUGGGAUCCGAUAAUUAUCUUUCUCGUCGGACAGAAGCUGGACGCUGAGUCAGUUAAAGACUGGGAACAAACUGUACAUAAGGACAGCUCAGAAGACAUGCCUAAGUGGGAAGAGUUACAGAAGUUUCUGGUGGCUAAGUUUCGCACAUUGGAAAUGGCCGCAGCAGUUUCAAUGCCUACACGUGAUAAGUCACAAACUCCCAAAACAUUUCAUGUAGCUGAACAAGAAGAAGAUGAAGAGAGUUUGUUCCAAUGUGCUCAUGCUAGCGUAGCAUCACAGCCUACUUGUACCUAUUGUAAAGGCGAACACUACAUAUUCAACUGCAAGGAAUUUACUAAAAACUCAGUGGAAGACAGACAUGAUUUUGUGAGAAAGAACCGAUUGUGUUACAACUGUCUUGUUCCAUACCAUAAUGUAUUUCGAUGCAAACAAAAGACGUCGUGCAGGAUCUGCAGAAAAAGACAUCAUUCUCUUCUGCAUCAAACGCGAGAAGCUAAUGAAGAAGUAGCUGCUACACAACCACAAUCACAACCAGAACCUGACACGAAACUUACAACUUUGCACGUUUCCAAACAACAACCGAGUCGUAAAAUGUUACUGGCCACAGCCCAAGUAGCGGUAAGAUCAAGCGAUGGUGAUACACACAUACUUCGAGCUCUAAUCGACCCGUGCUCAGAGGCUUCAUUUGUAUCAGAACGAGUUGUACAAUUACUGGGUUUGCCAAGAACUAGCAUCAAUGGAGUAGUUUCUGGACUUGAAGAAAGUACACAAAUAAAUAUUAAGCAUAUGGUCGACAUUACAAUUUCAUCAAGAUAUGAAAACAAAAAGACUGUUCUAGUUUCAGCUUACGUUUUAAAGUCUGUAUCCACAUAUUUACCUUCGAAACAUAUUUCGAUAGAUUCUCAGGCCAUUGAAACAUUGAAAUUGGCUGAUCCUACCUAUGACAUACCCAGCAAGGUGGAUAUGUUGCUCGGCGCAGAAAUCUACUGUCAAAUUAUUCAAGAAGGUUUAUUAAAAAUGAAUGAUGGGAUAGUCGCUCAAAAAACUACUUUAGGAUGGAUACUAACGGGUCGAAAACAAAUAGAAGCACAGAGCGACCAACACAACGUUACAACAUUACACAUAACAAGAAUGGUGGCUGAAGACAAUGAUUUACUGCGAAGGUUCUGGGAGAUAGAAACUGAUGUGUACAAGAAAAAGAAAAUACUGACAAAAGAAGAAGAAAAAUGCGAAGAGAUAUACAAAAGGACAACUAAAAGAGAUGAAAGCGGAAGAUAUACAGUACACUUACCAUUGAAACAAAAUGUUGAAGAAACUGUUAAUCUAUGUGGUGAUACGAAACAUCAGGCUAUCAAUCGAUUUCAGAGUUUGGAAAGAAAAUUUAGAAAAGACGAUAAGUUAAAGCAGGAAUACACAAAUGUUAUAAAUGAGUACAAGGACAUGGGACACUUGCGAAGAUCAGAAACACAAAACGAUGAAAAUGCACUGUAUCUUGCUCAUUUGGCUGUUAUUCGAGAGGACAAAGACACUAGUAAAGUGCGCGUAGUCUAUGAUGCUUCUGCUAAGGGCUCACACGGUCACUCUCUCAAUGACACCAUGAUGGUAGGGCCAGUUUUACAACCAGAUCUUCGGAGCCUAGUAAUAGCUUGGCGAAAACACAAGAUUUGCGUCGUGGGAGAUAUCGUGAAAAUGUAUAGGAUGAUAAAUAUGACAAAGGAACACAUAAACCUGCAACGCAUUGUCUGGAGAGAUAGGCCGGAAGAUGAGUUCGAGAGCUAUGAGUUAACAACUGUGACUUUUGGGACCGCUGCAGCGCCAUUCUUAGCAGUCCGUACAUUAAACCAAUUAGCCGACGAUGAAGCUCACGAAUUUCCAGAAACUGCACCUGUAAUAAAGAAGUCGUUUUACAUGGAUGAUCUAAUGGUAGGAAAUGAAAACAUAGAAGAAACAAAGAAAAUGUGUCAAGAAAUUAAAGAAAUAUUGAGAAGAGGAGGAUUUCGAAUGCAAAAAUGGUCUAGCAAUUCAGAUGAAGUUUUAGAAUAUCUAAAAGAAGAUAACAGUACAAGAGACACGCUGGAAAUCAAAAUGGAUAAAAUAAUAAAGAUUCUUGGUUUGACCUGGAAUAGACAAGACGAUACGUUUGAAAUUACAGUAAACUUACCUGAGAUGAGAAGUCCUAUAACUAAGAGGUCGAUACUUUCUGAUGUAGCUCGUCUUUUCGACCCCUUUGGGUGGCUAGCACCUGUAAUUAUAACUGCUAAAGUUUUAAUUCAGAAGUUAUGGUUGAGUCAUCUGGGGUGGGAUGAUGAAUUGACAUCGGACUUGACAGACGAGUGGAUACGCUAUAGAGAAGAACUGGUAAAUUUACAAAACAUCAAGGUUCAGCGCUGGUUACACUUGACACGAGAAGAUGAUCUCAUUGAGCUGCACGGAUUUUCAGAUGCAUCCACUCAAGCUUAUGCAGCUGUGACGUACCUGAAAGUUGUUAGAGGUGGUGUAGUAUACGUCUCAAUGAUCGCAUCAAGAACUAAAGUCGCACCCUUGAAGCAGCUUUCUGUUCCAAAAUUAGAGCUUUGUGCUGCAGCCUUAUUAGCAGAAUUGAUCAGUGAUGUCGCAGAACUUCUGAAGAUUCCUAAAAAUAAAAUAUUUGUUUGGACAGACUCAAUGGUCGUACUGGCUUGGCUGCAAUCUCAACCUAGUCGCUGGAAAACAUUUGUAGCGAAUAGAACAGCAGAUAUUACCAGAUUGAUAGAUAAUGAUCGUUGGAGACAUGUGCAAUCUGCUGACAAUCCUGCGGACAUCGCGACAAGAGGAGUCAAAGCGCAAGAAUUAGCUACACAAGAUCUGUGGUGGAAUGGGCCUGACUGGCUUAAGAGAGACCAAGUAGAAUAUGAAAAAACAGAAAUUGCACAAACAGAAUUAGAAUCUAAAACGACAUGUCAUGUACUUGUAGAUGAGAGGCCUAUAUGGGAGAGAUUUUCAACAAUGUCACGAAUGAAGAGAGUGCUAGCUUAUUGUAGAAGAAUGUUAACUGAACGAAAAAGAGAACUAGAAGAGAGUAAACAUUUAACAGUUAAAGAAAUGGAAAAAGUAGAAGAAGAAUGUAUAAGGUUUUAUCAAAAUCUAGUAUACAGAAAAGAUAUAGACGAUUUGAAAAAAGAUGGAAGAGUUAAGAAAAGAAGUACUCUAAUCACACUUGCACCAUUCUUAGACGAGAAAGAGUUGAAAUGUAUGUUCGAACCUGGGAAAAACAAUUUAGCCAGCGAAGUGGCAGAACUGCUGGCUACUGAAGGGACAACGUGGCACUUCAUACCCCCAAGAAUGCCUUCAUACGGCGGCCUAUGGGAAGCGGGAGUUCAGUCUGCCAAACGACAUUUAGCCAGAGUAAAUAAGGAUACUAAACUGACUUAUGAAGAAUUAGCCACUCUGUUGACUCAGGUCGAGGCCUGUCUAAAUAGUCGUCCUCUUUGUGAAAUAGACAGUACCACAGGAGUCCCGCUGACGCCAGGACAUUUCUUAGUGGGUGAGCCCUUGGUCAGUGUUCCAGACUUCAAUUAUGAGCACAAAAAGGUCAAUAUACUUACCAGAUGGCAGUUAGUACAGAAGAUGACACAGAACUUUUGGCGUCAAUGGCAGAACGAUUACCUUAACACACUGCAACAAAGAUAUAAGUGGCAAGUUACUGUACCAGCGCCCUGCAUUGGAGAUUUAGUAAUCAUAAAGGAUGAAAUUACGCCACCUACUAAAUGGUUACUAGGGAGGGUCAAGUAUCUUCAUCCUGGAGCAGAUAACCUGGUGAGAGUGGUAACUGUACAGUGCAAGGGAGACCACGAGCUUAAAAGACCUUUAUCAAAAUUAAUAUUACUUCCUAAAACAUUGAAUGAGUAG